GAUUGGUCGGCGCCUCCCGGCGGCGGGCGCUGAUUGGUCGGACUUGGCGCGCGAAGGGCUGCGCGGCGCCGGGAGCCGCACGCAGCGGGGGCAGGAAACAAUAGACGGAGCCGCGGCCGGAGGGGUCGGAGCAGCGAGCGCAGGAACCGCCCGCCCGCCUCGCUCAGCCUGCCCCGCCUCGAGCACCGCGGCCGCCGCGCUCCCCCCGCCGCGCCAUGGCCGACAAGGAAGCAGCCUUUGAUGAUGCAGUGGAAGAGCGUGUGAUCAACGAGGAGUAUAAGAUAUGGAAAAAGAACACCCCUUUCCUGUAUGAUCUGGUGAUGACCCAUGCCCUGGAGUGGCCCAGCUUGACUGCUCAGUGGCUUCCUGAUGUCACAAGACCUGAAGGCAAAGAUUUCAGCAUCCACAGGUUGGUGCUGGGCACCCACACCUCAGAUGAGCAAAACCACCUGGUGAUUGCCAGUGUGCAGCUGCCCAAUGAUGAUGCCCAGUUUGAUGCUUCCCACUAUGACAGUGAGAAAGGAGAAUUUGGAGGCUUUGGCUCAGUAAGUGGAAAAAUUGAGAUUGAAAUCAAGAUCAACCACGAGGGGGAGGUGAACAGAGCCCGGUACAUGCCCCAGAACCCCUGCAUCAUUGCCACCAAGACUCCCUCCAGUGAUGUCCUGGUCUUUGAUUACACCAAACACCCCUCCAAACCAGAUCCUUCUGGAGAGUGCAACCCCGACCUGCGCCUCCGAGGGCACCAGAAGGAGGGGUACGGGCUGUCCUGGAACCCCAACCUCAGUGGGCACCUGCUGAGUGCUUCUGAUGAUCAUACCAUUUGCUUGUGGGAUAUCAGUGCUGUUCCCAAAGAAGGCAAAGUGGUGGAUGCCAAGACCAUCUUCACAGGACACACAGCAGUGGUGGAGGAUGUGUCCUGGCACCUGCUCCAUGAGUCCCUGUUUGGAUCUGUUGCUGAUGACCAGAAGCUCAUGAUCUGGGACACCCGGUCAAACAACACCUCCAAACCCAGUCACUCUGUGGAUGCUCACACAGCUGAGGUGAACUGCCUCUCCUUCAACCCCUACAGUGAGUUUAUCCUGGCCACAGGAUCAGCUGAUAAGACUGUUGCUCUAUGGGACUUGAGGAACCUAAAACUGAAGCUGCACUCCUUUGAAUCACAUAAAGAUGAAAUAUUCCAGGUUCAGUGGUCUCCCCAUAAUGAAACCAUCCUGGCCUCCAGUGGCACAGACCGCAGGCUAAAUGUUUGGGACUUGAGUAAAAUUGGAGAGGAGCAAUCCCCUGAAGAUGCUGAGGAUGGUCCCCCAGAGCUGUUGUUUAUCCAUGGUGGUCAUACUGCAAAGAUCUCAGAUUUCUCCUGGAAUCCCAAUGAGCCCUGGGUCAUUUGUUCUGUAUCAGAAGAUAAUAUCAUGCAAGUCUGGCAAAUGGCAGAGAACAUCUACAAUGAUGAAGAUCCUGAAGGAAGUGUGGAUCCAGAAGGUCAAGGAUCCUAGAUGGAAGCUUCUCCCUCUUUUUAGUCUUUCUCCUUCUCUUCCCUCUCAGCCCUGAUAUUGACUUAACACUGGUUUUGAGACACACACGUAGAUUUUGUGUUCAGCCAUCCUCCUGUAGAUCCCAUCACAGCCUUUUCCACCCACACCCUGAGAACACAAAAAAGAAAAGGGCUCAGCCCCCUUAGCCAGAGGCUGUGGCUCCUUGACCAGAAUCCCUCCAGCAGCCUCCUUUGUCUGGCUGUCUCUUUUUAACUGCCUUCAUCACACUGCAAGCUUGGGAUUAGGGUUUUUUUCUCUCUCUUUUGCUUGCUCCAGCCACAGGCUUUUGCCUAAUUUAAACAAAAGUUAAGUUGGCAGAGCUGCCUGAGUGGGCUGGAGCCAACAGAGAUGAUCCAAGUGUUAAUCCCCUGACAGCUCAGAAAUGGUGUGGAAGGUCUUGUCCUCCUCAGUACAACUCAGAAACCUUGGAAUUCCUUUAGUUAUCUGUACCUUGUGGCUUUUUCUGCCUUUGCAGAUACAAGACUUGCAAGUUCUGACUUGAACUGAAAUUUCUUUUUUUUUUUUUUCCUCUCUCCUGGCAAUUCUGGGAUUUUCAUUCCUUCCUUUCCCUUUCCUCCCUCCUGCUGGGCACCAGCGGUUUGGAUUCAUUAGCUAUUCCUGCAGAACCUCCUUCACCUCCCAUGUUUUUUUUGUUUUUUUUUUUUUGCUCUGUUGUGUGUUUCUUGAGCUGUGUUUUCACAUAAUAUUUCUUUCCUUUCUGUGAAAUGGUUUUUAAAACUUGGGGGAGCCCUCAAGUUGUAAAAGGUGUUUGUUUGUACCAACGGAUGACCCCGGUGCCCUCAACAGCCUUGGCAGCUGGUGGAAAACAAAUGAAAUGUGGAUGAAAACUACUUUUUUUAGGAGUUUAGUCCUUGAGCACAAGGUCUGCACGUCUUCCACUUGGGUGUCCAGUGCCACCAGCAGCCUGUUACUCUCCAUCUCCUCAUGACUAAUUCCAUGUAAGUCCUUCAGUUGGAAUAAAGUUUUUCUACGUAAACGCUGCAAA